CUUUGCUCUUUGUUUUUAUUUUUUAAUGUUAGUCGCCAUGUCUGAAACAGUACCGGUCGCACAGCCAGCUUCAACGGCCCCCGAGAAGCCGGCAGCUGCGAAGAAAGCCAAGAAGCCUGCUAAGGCUUCGGCAGCUGCUAAAAAAAAGCCCGCGGGCCCUUCUGUGUCUGAGCUUAUCGUGCAGGCGGUCUCCUCCUCCAAGGAGCGCAGCGGGGUGUCGCUGGCCGCGCUCAAGAAGACCUUGGCGGCUGCCGGCUACGAUGUGGAGAAGAACAACAGCCGCAUCAAGCUGGGGCUGAAGAGCCUGGUGAGCAAGGGCACCCUGGUGCAGACCAAGGGCACCGGCGCCUCCGGCUCGUUCAAGCUCAACAAGAAGGCGGCUUCCGGGGAGGCCAAGCCCACCGCCGCCAAAGUUGCGGUGAAAACCAAGGCAGCGGGCACCCCCAAGAAGCCGAAGAAGGCUCCGGCCGCCGCCGCGAAGAGGGCGGUUAAGACGCCCAAGAAGGCCAAGAAGCCCGCGCUGGCCAAGAAGCCUUCCAAGAGCCCGAAGAAGCCGAAGGUCGUGAAGCCCAAGAAGGAAACAAGUUCCAGCUGUGUUGCCCAGGCUGUCCUUGAGCUCAUGUUCCUCCUGUCUUAGACUCCCAGAUUGCUGGGGGUGCAGGCCUGCACCAUCCAAGCUAGCUCUUAGUCUUUAAUGGUCCUAUCUGGCAAGUAUGCAGAGGAUUCCCAGUUUCUGUUUGCUUUUGAAUGAGAAAAAUCUCAUUUUGGCAACAUGGCUGACACAACUGCAUACCACCCAUCAA